CGGAGGCCGGGGCCGGGGCCGGGGCCGGGGCGCAGCAGAACCGCUGCCCCGCAGGCUGCGGCUGAGCCCUGCGGCGGCCCCCGCAAGGGUGGAGACAGGCUGCUGUGAACCCCAGGCCCCGAGAGCCCCGAGCACACGACAUGGCUCCGGGCAGGGGCACGCUUUGCUGGUGUGCUAAUGUGCAUGUGGCAGAUCUGGAGCCACCCUCCCCACCCCCACCUGCUCCAGAGAUACCCCUGGAGCUUUCUUGCAGAUGGAGCCGGCUCACCGUGGGAACAAGGACCAGGGACCGGCCUCGGCCAUGGGGGCCCCGUCUCUAUCGCCGAGGGGCUCCAUUACCGCCACCUCCCCGGGACUGUUUGCUCCCCUCGUGGCCCCGUUCGGGGCAGAGGGCUCAGUUCGGUUCCAGCCAGAGGGCUCCAGUGGGUCCAUCUCAGCAGCGUACCCCGGGGGGAACCUCCCCCUGGGGCACAGCGGCUCGAGGCCCGACACCCUCUUUGACCCUUUCCAUCCCAUCUCCCCUCGCUCGCAGCCCGAGGGCUCCCAGCACGUGGGGCCGGAGGAGAGGUCCCCGGGCAGGCACAGCCAGUCCCUGGCGCUGGAGAGCAGCAGAGCCCAGCCCGACGGCUCAGGUGGGGCCCAGCUGUUCAGCUUGCUGUCCCCGGUGGAGUUCUGCCCGCUGUCCCCGGGCACCGGCAGCCCCUCCUCCCGCCCCAGCCCGGCGCCCGCUGGGAAGCUCAGCCAGUCGCCCAGCCGAUCCACACACCCCGAACUCUGCCCCCUGGAUCAAGGGCCCUCCGGGCCGAUGCUCCCUGUGGAGCGGAAAGAGGCACUCCCCAAGGCAGAGUCCAGUGACUACAUCUCCGGGGGCAGAACUGGCUCGUCCCCCAGACCCGUGAGCCUCCCCAAAGCCAUCUCCAGCGAGUUCCUCUCCGGGGGAAGGAUCGGCCCCUCCAAGUCCAUGGCCCUGGCCAAGGUCGAGUCUGAGGAGUUCCCCUCCUACGGGAGGAGCAGCCCGUCCCUCGCCCUGCCUGGCUGCAUGGACCCCCCCGAGGCUCCCGUGAGCCGGCUGGGCAAGGCCAAGGAGAACGGCGCGUUCUGGAUCACCGUGGUCACGUGGAACGUUGGCACAGCCAUGCCCCCGAGCGACGUGACCUCCCUGCUGCACCUCAACACGGGUGACACAAACGACACCGACAUGAUCGCCAUUGGGCUGCAGGAAGUGAACUCCAUGAUCAACAAGCGCCUGAAGGACGCCCUCUUCACAGACCAGUGGAGUGAGCUCUUCAUGGACGUGCUGAGUCCCUUCAACUUUGUAUUGGUGAGCACGGUGCGGAUGCAGGGUGUGAUCCUGCUGGUGUUUGCCAAGUACUAUCACCUCCCCUUCCUGCAGGACAUCCAGACGGACUGCACCAGGACCGGGCUGGGCGGCUACUGGGGCAACAAGGGCGGGGUCAGCGUGCGGCUCUCCAUCUUCGGCCACAUGGUCUGUUUCCUGAACUGCCACCUGCCGGCUCACCUGGAGAAGGCCGAGCAGCGCAAGGAGGAUUUCACCACCAUCCUCAACAUGCAGCAGUUCGAGGGACAUGCAGCCAGCGGCAUCCUGGACCACGACAUCGUCUUCUGGUUUGGGGACCUCAACUUCCGCAUCGAGAGCCUGGACAUCCGCUUUGUGAAGUACGCCAUCGACAACAGCAUCCUGAGCCAGCUGUGGGAGAAGGACCAGCUGAACAUCGCCAAAGGUACCUGGCCCAUCCUGAGCGGCUUCCAGGAGGGGCCCCUCAACUUCCCGCCCACUUUCAAGUUCGACGUGGGGACCAACCAGUAUGACACCAGUGCCAAGAAACGGAAACCAGCCUGGACCGACCGCAUCCUCUGGAAGAUCAAGUCCUGCGGCGCCCCGCACAACCCCAGCGGCCGGAGGCCCAGCAGGACCGUCCUGGCCGUGACCCAGCUCUGCUACUGCAGCCACAUGGAGUAUGUGGUGAGCGACCACAAGCCUGUGGCUGCCAUCUUCGCCGUGCAGUUUGCCUCCAAGACCGACAAGCCUUUGGUUGAGAUUCAAGUGGCCGACGAGUGGUCAAGACCUGAGCAAGCCAUUGUCCGAUACAAGAUGGCCACCGUCUUCCACAGGAGCUCCUGGGACUGGAUAGGUCUCUACCGGGUAGGCUUCAGGCACUACAAGGACUACGUGGCGUACGUGUGGGCCAAACAAGAGGACCCAGAGGGCAGUGUGUACCAGGUGGUGUUUUCGGAGGAGGCGCUACCCAAAGGGAAGGGCGAAUACAUUCUCGGUUACUACGGCAACAACUACAGCAGCAUCACUGGGGUGACAGAACCCUUCCAGAUCUCGCUGCCCACGUCGGAGGAGGGCAGCAGCCAGACGGACAGCUCGAGCACCAGCUCCGAGGAGGAGGACAACAGCACCCUGGUCCUGUUGGCGCCCAAGUCCCGCAGCCCCAGCCCUGGCAAGAUGAAGAGCCACCGAAGCCGCAGCCCCAGCCUCCCCAAGUUCCAGGGGCUCAUCCUGAGGCCGAUGAGCCACGAACGGGGGGCCAGCCGCAGCCCGUCGCCGCAGAGCCGACGCCCCCUGAAGGGCGACAUCCCCAGCAUCCAGCUGCCAAAGGAGGAGCUGCCCUGGCGCAAUGCCAAGAGCAAGGAGCCAGCGCGGGCUGCUGAGAGCCAGGAGAACAGCCGUGCCCCUGGCUACAGGACUGCGGGGGAGCCCUGCGGCGCCUGGUGCCUCUCUGACGACAACCCCCUGGCCAGGGCCAACCCCAGGAACCUCGGCCUGCUGCCCGCGCUCCGCCUGGAGACUGUCGACCAGGCCAUGGGCCCAAGGAGGGCGAGCGCAGACCAGGGCUACCCUGCCAGGAGGAUGAGCCCCACCAGCCCCACCGCUGGGGCUGCCAAUCUGUUCAGCACCUCCCCCAAGGAGGGGAGCAGCUCCAGGGACAGCCAAGACCCUCUGCCAGCUGCAGCCACUGGAGCCACUCAGGGCCGAGCAGCUGGCACUGCGCAGUGAAUGCUGGGCCUGGCCACUUGCAGUGAUCCCCGUGUAGAGCUUGCCGUGUUCUUCCCGUGUGCUGCCUCUCUUGCCCACACUGGGCCACCCCAGGUGCUCUGUGAUCCGUCCCUGCUGGUGUGAUGUAGGCAACGGCCGUUAGCGACCCACACGCCCUGCCAAGGUCCAGGCACUGGCCACUGCACGGACACUCUGCUCCCCACACACACUCACCCGAGCCAUCCGCCCGCCGGGUCCUGUAGUGUGAGUGUAGUGAGGCCCCAGCGGGGCCGCUGGGCCCAUUCCUCCUGUUCGCUGUUCCAGUCGUGAAACCCUCCGCCCCAGGUUGUGUGCUUGGGCCCCACCGCCUGUUCCAUCAGCUGAGAGACGGCGCCUUGGGGCUGGGCUUGGCCAGCGCUUCCUGGGCAGCCUGGAGCACGGAGUCCAUAGGGCAUGAGCUGGGCCAGGGAGUCGGGACACUGGGUAUGGCAGAGCCCCUGGCAACAGUCAGUGGCUAUGCCAGGGGGAUGUGGGCAGGGCUGGCAGCCUGGGGCCACGAGGAUGUGGCUGGGGGAGCUGGUUGGGAGCCGCUGACAUGACAGACGGUCCAAGUCCUCCUUUCCUUUGCCGCACGGUUGGGCCGAGCCUGCUGCCCCCACGCAGAGCAGGCUGAGGAAGAGGAGAGACAGUGGGACUGGCCCCAUGGCCCAGACGAUGUCAUGGACAGGGAGGUGGAUGCUGAGGAGCCUUCUGGGGGCCCAGCUAGAGUCUCCAAGAGGGAGGGUGCCAGACGCCCAGAAGGGCUGAGCGCUGGCCCCACGGCUGCAAAGGGAGCGUGUCAGGGUCACUCGGGGCAGUUGUGGUGCGGGCCCAGCUGUGGUUCCAGCUGGCGUUGGGUGCGAAGGGGUGGUUGGGGCACGGUGCGGUGCUGGGGGUACAGGGACAGCGUCAGGGCAGAUUAGAGCAGAGGGGGACAGGACGGAGCUGUGCAGCACAAGGGGGGGGGGGUCACUGACCCACAGCUGUUCACUCCACAAAGCCUGGCCUGGGCCUGCAGCACAAGUGCCCACGAGGGAGGGAAGAAACCAAAGCUGCCAGGGAGUGCAUGGGCCUGGCUGCCCUGGGGCCCACGGCUCGGCAAGGGUCAGAGCCAACGCACCAUGUCCUACCACAUUGCAGCUGAUGGAAUAAAUGCCCCACCCCCAGGUGCCCCCCUGUGCUUUGAUUUGCUGAACUGGUAUGUGCAGGAGGGGCUGGGGCAGGGAUGGCAGGCCUGGGGCUGCUCCCUUGGCAGGGUUGGGCUGGCUCAGCAUUUGGAUGGCAUGGCUCAGGAGGCAGCACUACCCUAGCACUCAAU